AAUUUAUUAACAACAUGCGUGAUGCAUUUUCUAAGGUACUGCUGAAGCCUACAACGGAUUUAAAUCAUUUCAAAUGUCAAAUUGUAUCAUCUUCAAAGUUUGUGACUUGUGAUAAUUACCCCUAAUGUGUCAAUUGUCGAAGAAUAUAAGUAAUUUCCGAUUGAUGUUUACUGAACUGAAGCAAUUUAGUGUCCAAUUGCGUGGGAUUUCUUUGUUUAAACGGUUUCGGAUAGAUAGUAAUGCGAUUCUAGACUCAAUAUCCACUACCAAUAUCGAGUUAAACACUGAUUUGAGAAAAUUCGCCAUUUGUAUAUUUUUGUUACAAGAACUUAUAUUGGUUAUAUUCUACAGUUGAACAAAUCUAUCUAUACCAAAGUUUUCACUUUACAAUUUUUUUAUCUGUGUACAGAGGCAUGAAAACAAAACUAAUAUGGUUCCUACUAACAAUUUACCACAUACGUUAAAACAAUCACUAUUAACCAAUAAGAAACAAGAACCAUUAUGCAUUGAUUAUCAUAUGUUAGCUGACAUUUUACCGAAACCACCCGAAUUACCUAUACCAAAUGAGCCGAAUUUUAUUCCAAAUGAAUUAUAUGAUUUGACAAUCAGUAAAUAUCACAAUGGUAUGAAACUUUUCAUCGAUGAUUAUUCACAGGUAAAAUUAGAUCGCUCUCAGUGAAUGCACUUUAUAUUAAUGGUUUUGUAGAAUUAAAAACAGAUAUUUCUGAAUUAUUUGAAUUAAAUGAAUUCAAAAAUAAAUUGAACAAUUUAAUACUUCUUAUUAAUGAAUAUCCAAAACAAAUAAAUCAAAUUAAAAAUAUAUCAAAUUAUCAAAUGAAAUUGUAUAUUGAAGAGAUUAGUUUAAAGAUUUAUGAAAUUAUGAAAUCACGUAUUGAUAAUUUAUCUAAAUCAUAUAAUAAAUCUAUUGAACAAAUUCGUGGUUCAUGUAGAACACAAUUAGCUAAUACAAUAUCUAUAUUAAAUGGAUUACUUAAUGCUGCUAAACGACAUGAUGGAACAUUAGUUGAAAAUUCACUUCGUAAGCGAAUUGUGGAAUUAGAAACAGUCUUACAACAAAACGAAUUAGAUAUGAAAUGUCUACAAGAAAAAUUCAAAGAACUGGAAGACAAAUACGACUCAUUAAAUCUUGAAAUGCCAAAUAUUGUUAUUUCAAGGAGUUCCUCAGUGGAAUUAUUGCCAACACGAGCCAUUCCACCUGUUUCUGUUGUACUAGUUCAUGAAGACAAAUCCGUACAAGCCGAUUCUUUUGAUAGAAAGAAGGAGUCACUAGAGAAAGAAAUAAAAAAUCUAUUAGAGCAGAUUGAGGUUCUUAAAUCUGCUUUAAGUGCUGUCCAAUCACAAGUAAGGUCAUUAACUGAACAACGUGACCAAUCAGAACAAAAAGUUAAUGGAUUAAAUAAUCAGUUGAAUGAAUUUAAAACAAAUUAUGUUAAAUUAGAAAAACAAUUACUUGAUAAAACUAAUGAAUUAACAAUGUAUAAACAGAAAGUAACUUCAGCUGAAUCACGACUUAAUGAAAUGUUAGCAUCAAUGAAUAAUUUAAGAUCAGAGAAACUUAAAUUAGAACAUGAUUAUGCAAAUAAUCGAGAUAGUGAAAUGUUACAAUUAAAACAACAAUUAGAUGACUUAUUAAAAAAUAAAGAAAGAUUAGAACAUGAAUGUGAUUCACUCCGUAAUGAAUUAGCGCGUUUAAAUCAAAAAUCAAAAGUUCCAGAACCAAUUACUGAAAGUUCAAGUGCUUCUGCUCUUCGCGAACAAGCUCUUAUAGCUGAAAUCAUUCGUUUACGUCGGGAUUUAAAUCGUUUACAAGAAGCUUCAGAAUCAAGAAUUCAAUGUUUGAAAAACAGACUACAAGCAAUUAGUGAAGAAGCAUUUAAACGACAUACAUUAGAAUUGAAAGUAUCACAAUUGCAUACUGCUGCAUUAAAGUAUGCAAAUGAAUUUGACCAACUUACAUCUUCAAACAAAUCAUAUAAUUAUAUUAGUGAGGACAAAACAAAAUGUAAGGAGACCCCUCUUUUCCCUUUACCACCAAUAGCAUUGCCAAUAUCGAAUAAAAUUUCUCAUCAAAAUACAAUGGAAUUAGGAAAUUCAAUGAGGUCAACACUAUCUACGAUUGUACGCACUAAUUAGUUCAUUUUAUAUUAAUUCAUAUAAAUUGUUAUUCUACUUAUAUUAUAUUAGAGUAGUAUAACUUUAUUUGUUGAAUUUAAGUGGCGAUUGUAUAUCCACUUUACCUGACGAUACUUUCUGUGUAAAAAAGCCAAAUCAUUUUAAUAAAUCAAUAAUUUAAAGUAUUGUCUGUGUGAGUAGGUUUAUCUGAUCUAGAUUCAAUUCAUUUGUCCUUUUUUAUAUUUCC